AUGCUGAAUUUGGCGCCAGCAACAAAUCGAGUGAAUCGGACGGAUGAUGAUGCCGGUUUACUGCUAACUGCUGACGCACAUCACAGUGAAGAUGCAUCAAAAGCAGAAUGCGAAAUGAAUGGCGAUCGAAAGAAAUCAAAACGACAAAAAAGGAGGGAAUUGAAAAGAGAAAAGGAGAACGAGGAGGAGGAGGAGGAAGAGGAGAAAUUCGAUUCCAACGGAGAGUACCGUGAUAUUGUAAUCGAAGGCGCACCGGCCUCUUCGUCCAAAAAUGAAAUGCAUGCCGAAAAAGUGGAAAAUGCAGAAGAUGGUGAAGAAGCUGGUGGAAGUAAUACAUGUCUGGAAAUUCCAACACAACAAGACGAUUCUCCAGCGCCCACCAAAGCACGAAGAAGAAAAGAAAAACAGCCAACUACGGCAGCCAACACUGCGGCCGAAGACAGGGGUCCAAAAGUGGGCACAUGUGACCGAUGUGGUGAAGUAUUCGAAUCUCGGACAAAACUGUUCACUCAUUUAAAAGAAUCAGGACAUGCAACACUGAAAGUACCAGCAGCUGGAGCAAAACUCAAACCGAAUAAAAGAAAGAAUAAAUAA